AUGACUAGGUUAACUGGGUAUAUAUUCAUUUUAUUGAUUGGUGGAAUUGUUUGUCCACCACCAAUGAGACAACAAGCUGAAGCUCAAAAUGCUCAACAACAAGCUGCUGUCCCAGAAGCUGCUCCUUCUUCUUCUACUCAACAUCCACCUCAAGAAACUCCUAAACCUGCUGAAGAACGGAAACCAGUAAGUUUCAAUAUUUUCUUGAUUUUUUCUAUUUUAUUGAAUUCAGGAUUAUGAAUUCGCCUAUACCAAAUAUUUAGAGGAAGUUGUUAGAAUUUUGGAGACGGAUCCUAAAUUCGCGGAACGUCUGAAAACUAUGAAUGAAGAUGAUAUUAAGGCUGGAAAAAUUGCGGAUCAUAUUGAUGAUUUAGAUCAAUCUGUAUUUGACAAACUUCAUAAGGCAAAAUUCGCUGAGUUGGAACGCUUGAAGCAACAAAUUGGGGAACAAAUUAAAGCUGAUGGUGGUGCACAUAAUGUUAAAAUGCCAGAACAUUUAGAUGUUUAUAAAAAUGAUGGUUUCCAUAAAGAAGAUUUGAGAAAAUUGAUUAUCAAGGUGAGUUUCUUUGAAUUUAAAUUUUUGAAAAAGAAAUUACACAAAUAUAUUUUAGACUGUUUCUGAUAUGAAUGAAAUCGACGAGCGAAGAAAAGAAGAUUUCAAAAAAUAUGAAAUGCAGAAAAAAGCUGAACAAGAUCAUCAAAAUGCACAAUUAAACAAAGACGAACGAGUAAAAGCACAACAUGAACAAGAAGAAGCUGAAAAACGACACAAUGAACAUGAAAAAUUGAAACAUCCAGGAAGUCGUGAUCAAUUGCAAGAAGUUUGGGAAGAAUCUGAUCAUGUGAGUUUCAAUUUUUUUUGAAAAUAAAAAGCGGUGGCAGGCAGGGAGGCACUUUAUUGACUUUAAAACUUGAGUUUGAGUUUUAAUGUUGCUUUAAUAAAUAAAUACAAAAAUAUAAUAGAAGGUUCAUAAAUCGGAAACGUUUUUGAAGAGCUCUGUAGUUUACCUGUGUUUUUGUGUUUUGGUUUGUUUUGAAACAUGAAUAUUCAAGUUUGCAAAUUCUUUUUUUGCACAAAUCGAAUUAUUUGAUCCGAUCAUGCGUUAUCAUUUGAUAACAAAAUAUCAAUAAUCAGAUAAAAAUGUUGAUAAACUUUCUGCAACAAAAUGUCAAAAUAUCAAAAAUAAACAAUUCCCUUGACAUUUCUCAUAUCACACUCGAACCGGAACAUUCUCAAAAUUCUUGACAUUAAAAAUUCCCAUAAUUUACAUUUCUAUUCAAAGAAUAAAAUUUGUUUUCAGCUUGAGAAAGACACAUUCGAUCCUCGAACAUUCUUUGCACUUCACGAUUUGAAUGGUGAUGGAUUCUGGAGUGAUGUUGAACUUGAAUCGCUUUUCCAAUUAGAAUUGGAAAAAAUGUAUAAUGAAACAAAUCCAGAUGAUGAUCCAAGAGAAAGGUUUGAAAUUUCAUAACUAUGUAGUACAGUGCGUUUCACAAGUAUAGGUCCACCCCUGAAAUGUCUCAAAAUGAUCGUAAAAAUAAUUUUCAAGUUGUAGCCCUUCAUUUUUCAAAAAAAGUACGUAAAAUUAGGUAUGUUUACCGAAUUUUAUCCUACUUGGACAUGUUUUUGAUUUUAUAUUUGAGAAAAAUUGAAAAUUGGCUAUUUUCUGUGUUUCAAAAGUAUAGGUCCACCUAUAUCAACUAUGAAAUGAUGAUUUCUAACCUGGUUUUUUGUUGUUUAUUUUUCAGUUAGGAUUGCCCCAAGCCUAAUUAAAGCAUAUUCAACAAAUGCAGUUUUCCAUUUCUGGGUUUCUGGAGCCAUUCCUGGUGAUCAGACCCACUUUGCUCUGUUUAUCAGACAACAUGCUUCAGUAUCCUUUCAUUUUCUAUUGAGAUCAUGUCAGAAGUAACUAAAAACCUCUUUAAUGUUGUAUUUCUUAGUUUUCCAUUCAAUAAAACUCAAUUCAUCAAAAAUGGAGAUCAUUUCAGACCGAAAACUGUCAGUUAUUGUUUCAAAAUUCUGACAAUUUCAAGAUUUUCUAGUGAAUGCACCCAAGUUCAUCCAUUUUUAUUCCGUUUUUGUGACUGGAAUAUGACUGCUAUGUCUCCACAUGAUUCAAAAUAUCACCUGGAAUUUCAUAGAACUCAAAAAACACUUUCUGUGAUGCUAUCAAGCUUAUGGAACAAAGUUCCGAAAUUUCAAAAAAACUCAAAAAAUAUUUUAAUGUACUGAAACAUGAAAAAUGUUUUUUGAAUUUGUUUUUUUUGAACUUCAAUAGUUGUAAACAAUGUUUCUGAACUGAUCUGAGAUAUGCUUUUCAUAAAAAAUCGUUUCAAGAAUAAUAAUAUGAAAAUUCAGUUGUUCAUAAAAAUUUCGGAAUGCUACAAGUCCUGUUUUUCGCACAAUCACGAUAGGAAGUCAAGAUUUAUUUAUUUCAAAAUUAUGGAACCAAUUUAAUCGAUCAUAGAAACCGUGUUAACAGAUAAUAUAUGAAGUUUUGUGACACAACUUGGGUGUAUUCACUGGAAAAUCUUGAAAUUGUCAGAAUUUUGAAACAAUAACUGACAGUUUUCGGUCUGAAAUGAUCUCCAUUUUUGAUGAAUUGAGUUUUAUUGAAUGGAAAACUAAGAAAUACAACAUUAAAGAGGUUUUUAGUUACUUCUGACAUGAUCUCAAUAGAAAAUGAAAGGAUACUGAAGCAUGUUGUCUGAUAAACAGAGCAAAGUGGGUCUGAUCACCAGGAAUGGCUCCAGAAACCCAGAAAUGGAAAACUGCAUUUGUUGAAUAUGCUUUAUUUAGGCUUGGGGCAAUCCUAACUGAAAAAUAAACAACAAAAAACCAGGUUAGAAAUCAUCAUUUCAUAGUUGAUAUAGGUGGACCUAUACUUUUGAAACACAGAAAAUAGCCAAUUUUCAAUUUUUCUCAAAUAUAAAAUCAAAAACAUGUCCAAGUAGGAUAAAAUUCGGUAAACAUACCUAAUUUUACGUACUUUUUUGAAAAAUGAAGGGCUACAACUUGAAAAUUAUUUUUACGAUCAUUUUGAGACAUUUCAGGGGUGGACCUAUACUUGUGAAACGCACUGUAUCGGACACCAACAACUCUUGAUUCCAGAAUGGAAGAAAUGUAUCGUAUGCGUGAACAUGUUUCAAAACAAAUGGAUAAAAAUGGAGAUCGUUUGAUUUCCCUUGAUGAAUUUUUGGCUGACACCGAAGCUCAAACUCCAAACAAAGAUGAAGGAUGGAAAGAUCUCGGACAAGAACAAAUUUACACUGAUGAAGAACUUCAAGCUUUCGAGAGAGAAUAUGCAGAGAAACAAGGUAUUUCAUUGGGACUAACAUAUUAACUAACCCUAUUAAUUUUUGAAAAUGCAUAAUUUGAAUAAUUUUGAAAUCUAAAAACAAAUAUUAUGUUAACCUUAGGAUGGGGCGAAAACGCGUACCAAGGUGCUGAGAUUGUAAUUCCUCCAGCAGGCUCCGAACAUCAUGAUCAACAACAACAGCAACAGCAAUAUCAGCAACAACAACAACAACAACAGGUUAGUAAUUCUGAAUUUAUUCGUUUUUUUUCCACAAAAGUGUAUAAUUUCUCAGGUUCACCCAGCUGUUCCACCAGUUCAACCAGUUCAACCAGUUCAACCAAUAGUUAAUCAACAACCACCAGUACCUCAACAAGCAGCUCAGCCAAUUCAUCAUGCACCAAUUCAAGAUCACCAAAAAGAUCCGACAUAUGGUAUUUAA